AUGCUUAGUCCCAAAAGAACCAGAUUCCGUAAACACCAUCGAGGAAGAAUGAAAGGAAAAGCCUAUCGAGGUAAUAAAAUUUGCUUCGGAAAAUAUGCUCUUCAGGCACUUGAGCCCGCUUGGAUCACAUCUAGACAAAUAGAAGCAGGGCGACGGGCAAUGUCACGAAAUGUUCGCCGGGGUGGAAAAAUAUGGGUACGUAUAUUUCCAGACAAACCUGUUACAGUAAGACCUACAGAAACGCGUAUGGGUUCGGGAAAAGGAUCUCCCGAAUAUUGGGUAGCUGUCGUUAAACCCGGCAAAAUACUUUAUGAAAUGGGAGGGGUCCCUGAAAAUAUAGCUAGAAAGGCUAUUUCAAUAGCGGCAUCCAAAAUGCCUAUACGAACUCAAUUCAUUCUUUCUGAAUAA